ACGUAUGUGGCAACUCUGACGCUAAGCAAAACAAAAACAGUACAGCAAACAAAUUUAAAAGGUCAUUGUUUAUCCUAAGAAGCGGCUAAAUUAAGUAAUUUUUAUAAUUGGAUUCGAGAAAAUGUCCUGUCGCUGCUUCUGCUUAGUGGCUGCAGCACUGCUGCUGCUACUUUUUCACCAGCAAUGUGACGCAGCCACCCAGACUCCCCAAAACACGGUGGUAAUUGCGGAGCAGAGUGCGCCGGCUGUCGAGGAAGAAGCCAAGAAGCCAGUCGUAAAGAAAUCACAAGCUGGGAAUCCUUCUAUGGUGGUCGUCGACAAGGGUGAACCUGCUCCGGUUGCACCAAGUGUCCCGGCCGCCCCACCAGUAGAUGCCAAGGCACCGGAUGUGGCUCAGUCCCCCGAAAGUCUUUCGGCGGAUGAUGUCCAUGUGGAACGGUCUCCCAUGUCACCCGAUGUGGACUUUCCGGGCCAGGCUGUUGUCUACAUCCUAGUGGGAAUUACUAGUACGGCAAUACUUCUGCUCGUAAUGAGGGUUUAUAGGCUGCGACUCUCCCGGGCGGAGCGUAAGUACGGCGUGCAAGGCGACCGGGCUAAUCAGGAGCUGACACCACUGCCCAUGGCCAUAGAGGACGUGAAUAGUGACGAAGAGGACCACACCUUGUUCGAGGUCAAUCGACAGAACAUACGCAUAUUAUGAAAUAGCAAAAACAAGCACACGCUACAGAUACGUUUGGUCGCACCGCCAUUUCAGACACUUCUCAGCAGAACUUGCCUUGUUUCGUAGCUAUUUAAUGCUUUGUAGAUUUGCGCUGUAGUUGUCAGCCAAUAGCCGACUAAGCUUACUAAUAACUAAGUUCUGUGCAUUUCUCCUACUCGCAGUUGGUUCAGGUUUAACGAAUCAAAAGGAAAACUUGUGAUAACGAUUACCAUGAUAUGUAUGUCUUUAUGUACGAAGAUGUCGCUGGAGCCCCGAAGGCAUUAAAAAUCUCAAAAGUACCGAUGCUUUCAACUCGCCUCUGCAUCGAUGUUCAAUAUUAAUAAAUGUUAUAUUAAAUGUA